AUUGUCCGCUAAUACGUAGGUAGUAUUCAAUGGUGAGGCUUCCGUGCGGGCCAUAGUGAACCAACAGGUGUGUUGAGUCCGAACUUGGUCGCGGUACUGGUUACCUUCAUUUUCUGUUAGUGUUCACAUUUCCACCGGUGUCUCUCUCACUAACAAAUAUACGUCGUGGUAUAUUUGCCGUGAAAAAUAUAAUAUGAUGUCGGAGACCGUUGUGACGAUGGAUGGUUCCAGCAACAACGCCAGCAACAAUCCUCGACAGGUACCCACCGUGAAGACGGAACCGGUUCAACCUAACCCUCUAUCGGGCAUUACAUUGAAUGUGUCCUACUUCAGAACGAUACCCGGUAUCAUUAAAAUUAUACAAGCGGGUCUUGGUAUAAUAUCUAUGGCAUGCGCCUCACCGGCACUGGUAAGUGGGACUCAUUGGUUCCUAUUUGUCGCUGUAACAGCUUUCAUCGCCACUCUGGUAUGGUGUUUCAUAUAUCUGCUGUCAAUUCGAGAGGCACUUAAGCUACCUAUAAAUUGGAUUUCAUCGGAAUUUAUAAAUACAGGGAUAUUCACCUUCCUUUAUCUGAUUGCCUUUAUAGUUCAGUUAUCUGUUUGGAGCUCAUAUACAGGUUCACAUGUUUCGAGGAAUAUUGCUGCAGGGACCUUUGGAAUCUUCAACACGAUAGCGUACGCUGCCGGAACGUAUUUCCUCUACCUCGAGUACAAGAGCAGCAACACGCAGUGAAGAAAAGCAGAGGAUACUCGUAGAGACGCCAAGGUACCUGAAGAGCACCUACGACGAAGCUACUACACUCUAAGUUUUUGCGAUCGUUCGUUCUACGAGCAACAAUAAGAUCGUAGAGAGACCAAAGGGUCGAAGCUAGUCCAACCAGGCCCUUGUCCAUUCACGUGUGUAGUAGCUUAACGAGAGACUCUGUAAUAUACAUACGUGCCUUAAAAAUAUCGAUCGAGUGGCCGAUCACAUUGCUAGAUCGGCGGAUGUUUGCGAAUAUUACGGUUUUCUGGGAUCAUGCUCGCUAAGAAUAAUCGGAGAACAAAAGCGAAUAGUAAUGAUCAGAUUAAUAUUGAAGCGAAACUAUCGAUACUGGUGCACAAAUUACGAUGUCGUGUUGUGUAUUAUUUAAGAUAUAGAUACGUUUGAUGUUUUUGAUACUCGUUUCAUACUUGUAUGAAAGUAUUGAUAUUCAUUCACAUAUAUGAAGAUAAAAGCAAUUAAUUUGAUCAAUUGCAAAGUGUAAUGAUUCCUUUCAGUAAUAUGAAAGUCUACAUACAUAUAUCUGUAAAUUUCAAAUAUUUCAAGAAACUUUCAACAUUUUACAGAUGCUAGUUUAUCUAUCUAUUGAAGUUAUACAAAUUUUAAAACAAUAAUGAUGUUUGCUUGCUGAAAUACUUGCAUAAAUUAGAACAAAAUACCGCGAGAUCAAUUACUGUGAAUACAUUGUUUUAUUGUAAAUAAAUGUAUGUAUAUUAAUGUGUCUUUUGAAACAACUAUAUUUUAAAAACUUUGACUGAUAACUAAAAUAUCGAAAAUCGUUCCUUUUCUGUCUUAAAUAUUUGAAAUUUGAUGGAUGUAUGCACACUUUUGUCACUGUCUACGUUUCUACAGUUUAAAAAAUAUUGGAUACAAAUUAUUAAAAAACAUUUGCCGAAGUCUCAACACAUCAGCAGAAGUAUCAUAUUUAUAUCAUAUUUUACAUAGUCAAAAACACUGAAAUCCUUCGAGUAUAAAAUAUUAUUCUGUUUGUUCGAAUUACAGGGAAAUAUAAAGUCAAUUGUUUCAAUUUACUUGUACGAAAGAUUUCAAUGCUUUUGAAUACCUUCAAAUAUUUGUGUUUGAUCGAAAAUAUUUCGAGGUAUAUUUUUGAUGUCGAUCCAACAUGUGACAGCAUGAAUAUCUUAACUUAACUUAAAAUUUCAAUAAUAUCUUAUUCUUUCCAUUGAAUAUUUAUUGGAAUUUAUGGAAUAUCAUCAAUAAUAUCGAUAUUUGUCUGAUCACUAUAAUUCACCGCUGGUCCAGGACGGGUUAUUGCGCCGAAGAGAUGUCAACGAUUCCUCAAGGUUUCUGUUUCAAUGAGAUUCGUGGAUUCUCUUCGUUACGCGGUUCAACUUUUUUCACUGUACAAACAGAUAUACAUACAUACAUGUUAAAUAAGAAAGGCAUUAGCAGACGUUACUCAUUAAAAGUAAACUGUGCUUCGAAAUCGAUGAAAUCCAUAUUGGAUGUCGAAUGUUCGUUUUUGGAUGGAAUUGAAUUGUUAUAUUUUGGUCGUUAAUGUACCUUACGCGGCACUUCCCGUCCACAAUUUUCUAACCGUACCUUUCUCGCAUUACCGCGAUACUUUUUAUUUAUAUCGAUACACGCAUUAGUUACUAUCAGACCGCGGAUUUUUAUGCAAAUUCAUAUUUUUUCGAAGGUAAUUGAAGAAAUAGGAUCUAGACAUAGAUUUGUUUCACCUACAGUAAUUAUUGCAUUUUGGAUGUUUUAUACAUUUUUGUGUAUUCUAUAUUUUCUCGUAUCCUCGGACCGCGAAUGACAGAUGUUUGAAUACACUCGCCUUUACUUUGUUAAUUUUUUAUAACUGUCGUCUCAAAUUCACAAUCUGUUACUAUAGUUACGUAUCAUUUUACAGUUCUAUGUUUUAAUUUAAUCGAAACUUGGUAAUUAAAAUUAAAAGAGAAAGUCUCUUUUUUCAUACCAGUUGAAAAAUUAUCGUAUAAAUUGAAUUUUUGUUUAUUAAAUUUCUCUUGGUUGAAAACUUGAUAAAACGAAACCUUCAUAAUUCGAAGAUUUUUUUCCCUCUUUCUUUGAGAUUUAACUACUGAAAUUGGACUGUAUAAUACAUAUACAAUUCCUUAGUAAUCUUAAAAUGAGAAAUUGAUUACUAUGAGAUCCUGCAUUCAUCGAUUGCAAAAGUUAAAGGAGCAUUUAAAUUUAAAUCACAAGUUAAAUUUCCCACAAUUGCAUAAAAAUCCGCAGUCUAGUUAUUAUACGUUUAUAUAUAUAUAUAUACAUAUCUGUUUUAUAUAGAUAAUAUAUUUGCACAAACUGAACGCUCUACAUCGUUUUCUUUUUUUCUUUCCUCUCUAUUUUUUAUUUGUCUCUCACUCAUAAAAGAAUUCUUAUGUAAUUUACAUACGUUCAUUGAUGUUCGUUGCUACGUGAAUGACAAUUUUUGAAUACAUUGUACUUUUUUUCUGUAUACAUUACCAUUGAAAUACAUGUUCGUUUUUUGA